UCCAUGGCGCUGGCGAAAUACAAUCCGCAGUCCGAAGUAUUGACAGUGCAACUUUCUGAGCUCCAGAGUGGCUUUGAAUAUUUUAUAGCACGUCCUGAAUUCAAGUUUUCAGCAACAAUCGUGAAAGAUGAUACUAACAAAAUGGUUUGUUUUGAGCAAGGAUACAUAGUUGCUGUGUCCAUAUCCUACAUUAUCGCCGUAUCUUCACAUUAGUCACGAUGAAGGGGUACCUGAAAACCUCGGGGUGGGUGUUCAAACUCGAGCCCAAAACCACGACUGUAGGAAGACAAGGGGAUUGUGAUUUAUGUUUGCAGAAUGGAGGAGUUGAUGAGCACCACGCCCUUAUCGAGUGGAGCGACUCCGAGCGCUGCUUUGUCCUCAGUGACUUGAACUCCGCCCACGGCACCUACGUCAACGGUUGCCGUAUCCACAACGCCGCCGUGCGGCUAAGCCGAGGGGACGAGCUGCACUUUGGCUACGGAGGCUCCACCUAUCAGCUGGCUGUGGACAUCCCUUCUCCGCUCCUCUGCCCUCCGAUGAAUGACCGCCCCUCAUAUCAGAGCUCCCUACAGCUGAUAGAAGAGCCCACCCUCGCCCCCUCGCCCUCCCCCCUGUCCCCCUCCCUAUCCUCCUCUGCUGCCCAGCUCCCCUUCCUGGCCCCCCAGUCCUCUGCCCCCGUGGCCUGGGUGUGGGGGGGCUCCUCUGUGACCCCGCGGCCCCCCAGCAGAGCUCGCCCAGCCAGUGCGGGAGCCAAGAGGGUGGGGAAGCAGACCGCGGAGAGAGGGACCGCUCCUCGUAGACCAGGAAGCUGGACUGGGAACACAGAGAAGCUCAGACAGAGUGGGCCCUCUGAGAAAGUCGAAGUGAACUCCCCAGGUUCUCAGACCCUGCAGCACCUCUUACAAGAGAAGGAGGAGAGGCUGUUGAGGCUGGGGGAUGAGCUCCAGCGCCUGGCUGUGUUUGAGGGCGAGUCCCUGAGGAAGGACGGGGUGAUUGCUGGGCUCCGAGACGAGGUGUCUGCCCUGAGGCAUCAGCUGACCCUUAGCCAGGCCCAGCCGGAGAUCAAACACAGACUACGCUGUCUGGAGAGGGACAUCAACGACAAGAAGGAGCAGAUCCAACGGCUCAAGGAGCAGAUGCUGGAGGUGCAGCAGAGCUCUGUGGAGAUGUCCAGGCGCUCUGUGACGGAGAAAGACCUGAAAAUCUGCAGUCUGAGAGGCGUGGUGGCGAGCCUCCAGAGAGACCUGGCCUCCAGGGACAAGCAGACUCUGAAUCUGGCCUCCGAGGUAGACAGACUCCGACAGGACACCAGAGCCAAGGACAUCCAGCUGGGUUCUAACGCCACCAAGUUCACCAAAAUGACCAAGAGGCACCAGGAUGAGCUGGCUGUCUAUCAGAAUGAGGUGUCAACUUUGAAGAAGAGCAUUGAGAACUUGGAGGGCUCUUCGAGGGAGAGGCAGAGGUGUCUGGAGCAGUGCGUUCUGGAGAAAGCCGCUUUGAAAAGCAGGUUUGAGAAAGAAUUUGAGGAGGAAGCUUCCCUAUUGGCUGCAGCCGAGAGGCAGAGGGAUCAGCAGAGAGGCCAAGCUGAGCUGGUGGAGAACAGGGUUGAGCAUUUUCGUUGCGAGCUGCUAAAAGCGUUACAUGUUGAUGAUGUGGACUCCACUUCCCAUGAUGCCUUGUCAGACCAGCAGGUGCUGGAGCUUCUGACGGAGGUGCUGGAGCAGAGGAAGGUUCUGGAGACAAGGGCAGCAGAGCUGGAGCACCAGCUCACAGAGAGAGACCGUGCUGCAGGACACACAGAGACACUGAGGACCAGACUAGAGUCCUGCCAGAGUCUUGUCCAGGAGGCUGGUUCCUCAGACGCCCUGCAGAGGGCGAUGUCUACCCUGCAGGAGGAAGAGGAGGGUGUGUGUCCAGGUCUGGCCUGGGUACAGGCCUCCGUACUCUCUCUGCUGGGGGCCCACCAUGCCCUUCUACAGUCCACCAGCCAGAUCCUGCUGGAGGCUGGCGUAGAGAGUCCUGGAGACAGAGGAGUCCUGAUUGAUAUUCAGGCUUUGAGCCAGGAGUAUCUGAGCUGCAAGGCAGAGCUGCAACAGGUGAAGAUGUUUCCCUGCUCCAACACACCUGGCUCAAACGACUGGGUCGUUAUCAAGCUCAGCAGAAGCCUGAGAAACAACCCAGUUGAGCUGGAGGAGGUGAGCGGGAGGGAGGGGCAGAGCAGAGAGCUGCUGGACCAGCUGACCUCGGCCACAGAGCAGCUGGAGGAGCUGAAACAGCAGGUGGCGGUAGGGCAGCAGGAGGAGGAGGCGAGGCAGAGGGAGCUGGAGGACCUGAGGGGGGAGGUGGAGACACUCAAACAAGCUCAGAGUGCCCUGCAGGAGGAGACCCGUAACCAGGAAGCCGAGGUGCGCACCAAGCUCCGGGAGGAGGUGGCCCAGAGGGAGGAGGAGUGUCGGGGGAGGGUGAGGGAGGCAGAGGAGAGGGGGAGGGAGGUGGAGAGGGAGCGCUACAGGGUGCAGGAGGAGGAGUACAGGGAGCAGGUGAGGCAGCACGCCCACACCAUCGUGGCCCUGGAACAGCGCUGGGUGGAGAGGGCACACACAGCCCGGAGCCUGGAGGAGGAGAGGAGCACUCUGAGGGAGCAGAUUAGAGAUCUGGAGGGGAAGCUGGAGAGGAAGGAGGUCGAGGCGAGGGGGAGUCCAUCUGAGACCACAAAACUAACAACCCUGGAGGAAACCAUCACAUCACUGAGGGCUCAGUUGGCCCAGUCUCAGCUGGAAGCAUGCAGCCAGUGUGACAUCAUCGGGGCCCUGAGGUGUAACCUGGCCACAGCUACCGCCAGGAUCUCAGACAUGGCAGGGCAGCUCAGUGAGCAGCAGAAACUGGAGGUGGAGCAGCACAGGGCCCUGGUGGAGGACCAGAGGGUCGGACUGAGCACGCUCACUCACAAGCUGGCGAUGAUGUCACAGCUGCUGGAGCAGAAAGGGGAGGAGCUGACCACUGUGAGGGCGGAGCUUAGGCAAUGCCAGGUGGACUUGGAGAAAAAGGUCUGUUCUGAGAGAGCGGACCAGGAGAGAACGCAGAACCCUGAGGAGAACCGGGCUGUAGCCCGCCUGCCCCAGCACACCAAGGAUGUGGCUACUCUCUCCAUGACGGGGGAGCUGGCCCAGCAGGGGUCAAAGUGCCGAGGUCACCGUCACGACAAGGUCAUCCAGCAGCAGAGGGAGGCCCUGGAAGAGAUGCGAGCCAGGAUCCGAGCCCUGCAGCAGACGCUACCGAUGAGCAAGCAAGGUCAGAGGGCAACAUCUCGUUCCUGCUGCUUUCCUCUGCUCUCGUCUGUCCUGGCGUAACUCUGUGGUCCUGCCGCGCUGACUGUAGGGCAGUCUGGCCAGCAGGGGGUGCUGAAGAGGCAGCAGAAGGGUGAGACCGGACAACUCAGUUUCCAGAGGUCUCCAACGGCAACAGGCUUCCAUACAUCAACAAAUGGCUGGCCACAGGCCCCUGGACAGUUGGGGGAGGAGACCCUGGAGCGCAUAGCCAGACUGGACCUAUUAGAUGCCCUGGAUCUCAGCGAGAGGACUUACCUGGACUUGGCGCGGGCCCUGUGUGAGGCUCUGGAGCUGAGCGAGGCCCAGCUGGAGGGGUGCCUGUCCCUGCAGCACCUGCCCCAGGAGGAGAGGACCCUCCUGGGCUCGCUGCGGCAGCACGACCUGGAGCUGCUCCGCAGCCGUA